AUGCCCCGUGCGCCGACGCUCCGCCAGAGCCGAAUCCAUCGUCCGCAACGGCUUUUGGGCAACAACAACAGCAAUGAUUUGGUUAAUAACAACAACACCACCACCAACAAUAAUAACAGCAGAAGCUCGCGGAGGUCACAUGCAACAUUGGAAUCGGUCGAUUCGAAAGUUGAUAGAGAGGAAAUCCGAUCGGUUCUAGUGAGGCAUUGGACCGGGCUGGAUCGAGCACGAUUGCACACAUUCCACUUAUGGCUUUUGUUUUACGCGUUGGCGCAGAUUUUCUUGUUCCAUUAUCUUUGUCAUCGGGUAAGGGCUUGAGAUUUCUGCAAAAACUCGCUCCCGGCAGCGUAUUUUACUUCUAAACCUGUUUUUGGGCAAUAGGAAGCAUUGGUGCAGAAUGCCAAAAACGACGCGAAAAUUUAAAUUUAAAAAUUUCGUUUUAAAAUUUUACUCUGUAUAUUAUGAAGACCAGCAAAUUCAGUUUGCUACACUGUUAACUUCCCUAUCGAUCUGCAAAAUCUCAAAAAUAAUAAAUUAAAAAAUGUUUUUUUCAGGUCUGGUCGAUAAUUUAUUUCGUAUUUUGCCUUAUCUUCCCGGUAUUUAUUUUGGUCAGUUUUGCCUUGAUUCGCUAUGGAGAUGAAGUGGAAGCCACGACAAACCUCAGGAAUUCCCCUGAGCUGCAACAUAGUCGAUUUACGCUGGUCACUUUAUCCAUGAUUUCCUCGGCUUCAUUGCCUGUUUUCCUGUGGCUCACCCAUCUGCCGUUGAUUUCACAGGUACGGUUGGUCCAUUAAAAAGGUAUCUUAUCAUUUGUGGACUUUCGACUCAAGUUUUUAAACCUGAAAGUCAUGAUUUCCUUAAUCUCUUCAUCUUUUGUCAUCUGAUCUCAAGUAUAAUAUAACUUUCCUCCUUUCAGCUACAAAUCAAGCAAGAACGAGUGGCAGAGCUCUCUUCCCUCUGCUCUUCGCUGGCCAUCUCGACGUUUUAUCAGUUCUUCGUCCUCCCUCGGCAUCGUCGCAUCUUCUUAAUCAUCUCGAUUCUCUUCAAUUUCGCCAAUAUUUUCCUUGUCGCCUUGGUUUUAUACGAGUAUUCCUCCAAAUUGGCCUUACGAGAGUCGCCGUUGUACACCGUAAUCCCUUUAUUCUGCUACCAAAUGGCUGUGACGUUCGCCGGAAUGAUCUGCGAGGCGAAUGGAGCGUAUAGUAGAGCUACAAUUGCGCAGAAAUUGGGAGAUGCGGUGAAGAGAAGGACAGAGUUGGAAACGCUGAAAAGUCGACAAGAUCAACUGCUUCUGAGUGUGAUCCCGGCUUAUUUAACGGAUAAGGUAAGUGGGAUUUGCUUUGCAAGAUUUUCUGGGACCAACAAAUAAAUUUGACCAGCUUGAAGCGGAAAGCCAAACUUGGCGGGAAAAUUGAAAUUUGAAAGUUUAGCCUAGUGAGUCGUUCGGUGGGGUCUGGAGAUUAUUCGGACAUAUUUUUGAAAUGAUAUAAAUUGUUAUAAAGACCUAAAACAGAAAGCCAACCUUGGCGGGAAACCCAGAAUUUGAGUUUCUUCGCCAAAUUUUCCAUUUUGAAUUACUAUAAUUAUGAAACUUUCAGGUAAGCCAAUCAAUAAUUGCCACAAGUCAAACCGAUCUGAGCAAAAUGCCCACCAAACACCACAAACUUUUCCAUGAGCUGCAUGUUCAAGUUCACGACAAUGUCAGUAUUUUGUUUGCGGACAUUGUGAACUUCACAGUGUUGGCGGCACAGCUGGGAGCGAAGGAUCUUGUCAGAACGUUGAAUGAGCUCUACAGCAAGUUUGAUGAGGACGCUCAAGUAAGUUGAAGAAGGGAUUUUUUAUUGGGGUGGUUUUGAUGUGAAGAGGCUCCACUGCAGAUGCAAUGAAUCACUCUAUAAAAUGUUAUAGCCAUUUCAGCAAAGAGUAAGGCAAAUCCUCCAUGUCUUGAAUUAGGUUUUUCCAUCUUCCGGGCAGAAGAAAAAAUGAAUUAAUAAAACGAUGCGUAUUUUACAAUUCUAUUCUUUUUUCAGAAGCUUCAAUGUAUGCGAAUAAAGUUUCUGGGCGACUGUUACUACUGUGUUAGCGGGAUGCCCGUGAACCGUCCAAAUCAUGCGGAUAUGUGCGUCUUAAUGGGGCUGGAGAUGAUCAAGACGAUCAAGUAAGUCUCUACUACUAAUUCCUAAAAACUCGCCUUCAGGCAAGUCCGUUUGGCGACGGGUGUAAACGUGGACAUGCGGAUCGGCGUUCACACAGGAUCGGUUUUAUGUGGAAUCUUGGGAUUGAAGAAAUGGCAAUUCGAUAUUUGGUCAGAUGACGUCACUUUUGCCAACCAAAUGGAAACCGCUGGCAUGCCGGGGAGAGUUCAUAUCACAAAGAAGACAAAGGACAUGCUGAUUGGAGACUAUCGGAUUGUAGAGGCAAAGUAUGUCUUCUUCAAAGCUUGAUAGAACUUUUUAGAGGAGCUUUCUUCUGUGCAGUGGCGGACCUGAUCCAUUGACAAAAAGCUUAUCAUUUUGCGUCCGGGAAGCAUGAAUAAAUGUAGCAAAAUACCUCUUUCUCCAAGCGCAGAAAGUCUAAUUUCAAAAACGCGUCCUCUCUUUUUGUGCCUCUCUCUUCAAACUGAGUUUUGUUUAGCUGAAGAAGGAGGCAUUUUGCAACAUUUUUUGGUAUAUCCCGGAUGCAAAAUGGUACGUUUUUUGCCACUGGAACAAAUUCGUCGCUGUAAAUUACGUUAGAUAUAAACGUUGAGACAAACCUUGUUUUUUGGCUUACAAGUAAGAGGGUUGCCUUAAACUUUGCAUUCAUGUGCUUUGGUAGGCACUAUAUAAUUUCCCAAAAUUGUUUUUACGCUUUUUUUACGUAGACUCAUUAGCCUCAGCCCUGAGACUCUAACUAUGACCACCUUUGCAGACCCUACACUAAGAAUGAUUCGUAAAUUUUAAUUUUCAGCUCGGUAGAUCCAACAAUCGUCAAGUAUGGGCAACCAACGUAUCAUAUCCUUCCUGACAAGACCACUUUGAAUGAACGGACUGCUUCAAUUUAUCGAAAUAAGUAAGUUACGUCCCCCCUUAGCAAUGUUGGGACUCAAUGUCAGAGACUUUUUUAUUACGUCUUCAGGUUCAAAAAAUCCGGGAUGGAUUUCGGAGAAAAUUUGGGAGUUGUUCGCAACUCUUCAAAUCGAGUGUCCGUCAAGGCCAAGAUGUCCAAAAUGGCCGAGUUCUGGGGCGCUGAAACUCCGUUUGCGAAUUUGGGAAGGGAAAAGGAGAAAAUGGAAAAUGGCGUAAGAAAAUUCGAAAAAUUUUCAUUUUUCGCUAAUUUUUUCAAAUUAAAAAAUAAUUUUUUAGGAUUCCCGCCGACCAAAUUAUGGAAAUACGAUCCAGAGUAUGACUUUGAUCGAAAAUAAUCUCAACAACAUCAAUAAUACUAGGUAAAUUUUAAUAUAAACUAGUUAUAUUGGUAUUGCUCCUGAUAUCAAUCUUGUAUGGUAUAAUCUACUCUUGUUUUUCAGCCUUAAAACCAUGUUCAACUGCACCACCGGUGCCUACAAGAUCUCCAAAUUUUUGCUCUUUCCGUUUUGGUGAGUUUCAAAUAAAUAAUCCAAUAAUUUUUGUGACAUUUCGUCAAAUUCUUCAUUUCGUUUUCAAACUUUCAAAAAACAAUUUGGCAUUGCUAAAUACGAGAAUUGGAAUGUUUUUAGGCGCUUUCCGACUUCACUUCACUUAACCGAAUGCCGGAUAUUGUUCUUGUUAUCCAUCCCCAUCUCUACUGCCAAUUAUUUUCUAGUGCUCUGUAAUGUUCCGUAAGUUACAAAAAAAUUUAUUUUAGCCUAGGAAUAGCGGGUUCUACAAAUAUUCUAAACCCUUUGACUAAAUUUAUGAUUUGAGGCAGAAUGCCAAAUUUGGCGGGAAACUUAAAAUUCAAAAAUUUAGGCGGUAAACUUACAAAAACGACCCUGGUAUUAAGAACGUAUUUUACCAAUUGAAUUUUUCCCGAAGAAACCGACUUGAAACGGAAUGCCAAUUUUGCCGAAAAAAUUUCAAUUUCAAAUUUUUUUUGCCAAGAAUAACUAAUUUGUCUUGUAAUAUAAUUCGAACUUUAUUUUUGGUGCUGAAAGUUUUGUUUUCAGCUACAAAGUCCAACACUUGUUGAUUUAUCAGAUCUUGUUGUGUAUUGUAAUAUUAUUCUUGACCUGUGUGGUGGAGAAGUUCUGGCGAACGGGUAAAAUCUUCUUAAUCCUCAUCAGUUAUGCGGCGUCGGUGUUUCUGGCAAUCGGUCAGCAUGUAAGGCAAUUAUUUUGUCCUAUUUUUUGUUCAAAACAUUGUUUAGGCGGUAAUGUCAUUCUUGGCGGUAGUUCAAACUCAUGUCCCGGUGUUUGCCAUAAUAUGGCUGCCUUGUAAGUAGAGAAAUUAAAGAGUAAUAACUUCAAUCUAAAUUAUUUCCAGCCAGCAUCUGCCAUAUGUGCGUGAUCUUCGGGCUGUAUCGGCUACCGUAUCCGUUCCGUUGCUUCUUGGCGUCCGUGGACUGCGCUCUGUUCUUGUUGAUUUUGACCUUAUUUUCAACGUCAAAUGUGUCGGAAUCGGCUCCAAUCAUUAGCUGCCAACUGACCAUCAUUUUAGUCAAUAUUAUCGCAUUGUUUUUGCUGCUACUCUUCGUGGCAUGGAUUGUGAGUUUAUGGCGACUUUUACAUUACAUAAUGGAUGACACAGUUGAAAAGAACACGUUUAAAACAAGUUCAGCUUGAAAUUUCAACUGCAAUCCAAAAUUUUUACAAUUUCAGACCGAAUAUGAGCGGAAAGUAGAAGCCGCUUGUAACGUUGCCUUCAAAAAUGAAGAAAAAGAUGUGCAGACCAUGCAGGACAUCAACAACUUGCUCAUUGAAAAUAUCCUGCCCAGAAGUGUGGCGGCCAAGUUUUUGGAGCCCGAUCGGAACACGGAUGUAAGCCUUUAGCCGCAAAAAGAGAUAAAAAAAUUGCUCUUUCAGGAGCUCUAUGCUCGAGAUCAUGACUAUGUUUGCGUCAUGUUCGCGAGUAUUCCCAAUUUCAAGGAGUAUUGGAGCGAAUGUGAUUCGAAUCGGAAGCUGGAGUGCCUCAGGGUACUGAAUGAAAUUACUUGUGAAUUUGAUAAGGUAAGUUAUAAAAAAAGCUCUUUUCCAGAUAAUUUUGCCCUAUUUUACAAAAGUCCGACCGUUUGUUCGACUUGAAACGGAAUGCCAAUUUUGGCGGGAAAAUUGAAGUUCAAAAUUUUUUGCUGAUUUUGCAAGAUACGGUUAUAAAUAGAUUUAAAAUAGGUUAUGAUAUGGGCAGAAAUUUGCCAUUUUAACUUUUGGGUGACAUUUUAUACGUAAAAAUUUCCAAAAAUUCAAAUUUCCAUGUUGAAAGAAAUGAAUCCUCUUCGCCAUUUUUUCUAAACAAAAAAUAAAUUUCAGCUCCUGAGCAAACCCAAAUUCUCUUGCAUCGACAAGAUCAAAACAGUCGCUUCGACUUACAUGGCCGCCGCGGGCCUCAGUGAUCAUGAAAUUGACGAUAAAGGCCAUCGUUCGGCCACAGCAAUGAUUGAGUUCGCCAUGGCCAUGCAUCAGUGUUUGGAGAUGCUCAACGCCGACGCUUUUCAAACCUUUGAGCUGAGGAUUGGAAUGUCGUUGGGACCGCUGGUCGCCGGAGUCAUCGGCGCUCAGAAGCCGCAGUACGAUAUUUGGGGAAAUACGGUGAAUAUGGCGAGCAGAAUGGAUUCGCAUGGAGUGGUUAGGCAUAUUCAUGUGAGUUGUUACCGUUAGGAUGACUAAAAAUCUCAUUUGAACAAUUUUUUAAAAAAAAGUUUUUUUUAUUUUUCAAAUUUCCCGCCAUUUUUGUAAAUCCUUGGCAUUCUGUUGCAAGCUGUGAAAUUGUGACGAUUUUCCAUAAAGAGGGUUUUUUGUUUAUCUAUGACAUCAAUUAUAACAUUUUGUAGCCCUUGCAACACAAUGCCAAAAAUUUCGAAUAGCCCGCCAAAUUUUUAUUUAAAAUUCAUGAUUUUAAACUUUCUUAAAACUCCAUACCCUUUCAGAUGACCGGAGAGAUGGCCGCCGCUUUGCCCAAGAACCUCUACCGAGUGCAAAGUCGAGGGCUGAUCCGAGUCAAAGGCGUCAAACACGAAAUGGAAACCUUUUUAUUGCCGUUGGCAACAAAACGCAACAGUGGCUUUACCGGCACAAAUAUCAACCAGCAACUUGUCAAAUUCUAA